AUGAAGCCAAUUGGAAAAGUGCUUUGUGCUACGGGGAUCGUAGCUGGGCUCCUGGCGUUCUUCUGGAAAGACCCUUUUAACCCAGAGAGCUUGGCUGGUGCCCGCGUUCUCCUGACUGGAGCCAGUGCUGGGAUUGGAGAGCAGAUGGCGUACCAUUAUGCCAGAUUUGGUGCUGAAAUUGUUUUGACUGCCAGGAGGGAAGCUGUGCUGCAGAAGGUGGUGGCGAAAUGCCUGACACUUGGAGCGAAGAAGGUAUUUUAUAUCCCUGCAGACAUGUCUUCCCCUUUGGAGCCUGAAAAGGUGGUUCAGUUUGCUGUCCAAAAGCUGG